GUACUCAGUUUUGCGUUGUAAUUUCACGGCGAGAGCAGUCGCCAGGCGAACGUCGUUGCGUUCAGGUUAAGGGGGAAAUACUAGUGCAGAAAGGGAAGUAGCUGAUUCAACAUAUUUGGGGAUCUGAGUUUGGCAGUUAUCGGUCUCCCAAGUUCAAGGAGAUUGAACUUUGAUCGUGCAUUCGUGUCUCGAGGCCAACAUGGGCUUUCUCAAAUCAGUUGGUACUUCGUUCAUCUACAUCGCGACAUUCCUGGCGGCGAUAACUUAUAUUCCUGGACUGCCACCCAAUGUAGAGACGAGCUCUUACGAGUUCAAGCUGCCUGUAGGGCUGAACAAAGAGCCAAAUGGCCGGUUGAAUGGAGCGGAGAAGCUGUUCGUAGGUGAAAUCAGUGGACCUGAGUGCUUUGACGCUUAUGAUGGAGUCCUGUACACGACUAUGAAUGGGGGCAGUGUCAGUAAACUCGUGGAUAAUAAAUUCGUCGAGGUUGUUAAAUUCGGAAAAAAAUGUGCCGGGUUCUACGAGGAGGAGAAAUGUGGACGGCCCCUAGGGCUCAAAUUCGACAAGAAGGGAAACCUCUUCGUGGUCGACACAUACUAUGGAAUUUUUAAAGUUGACGUAAAGACAGGGAACUACGAGAGAAUUGUGGAUCCAACCCAACCAAUCAGUGGGAGGAGACCAAUGAUCCCGAACAGCAUUGACGUAGCAUCUAAUGGUGAUCUGUACUGGACAGACUCCAGCAGUGACUUCAAAUUACUAGAUGGAUUGUUCUGCAUGCUGGCUGAUCCAACCGGAAGAUUAAUCCGCUACAAUGCAGCAUCGAAGAGGAACGAAGUCCUGAUGGACAAACUGAAUUUCGCUAACGGUUUAAAACUCUCCGAUGAUGAAUCCUUCCUCAUAGUAGCCGAUCUGGGUAAAUCUCGAGUCCACAAGUACAAUCUGAAGGGUCCAAAAGCCGGAAAGAGUGAGAUCUUCGUGGAAUCCUUGCCAGGCCUCCCAGACAACAUUCACAGUGAUGGUCAGGGCAAUUUUCUGGUAUCUCUGCCCCUGAUAGCCGACGAGGAGCACCCCCAGUUGAUGCAGUCACUGGCGCCACAUCCACAUCUCCGAAAGAUGCUCCUGAGACUGAUGGGCAUUCUGGAAAUGCCCUUCAAGUUCCUAGAGCAGUUGUACCCCAAUACGUACACGAAGAAAAUCGUUCACUUCAUCGGACACUUCCACUCUGGCAGUGUUCUCUUCCAGGAUACUACCACUGUCUUGAGGAUCGAUCCCAAUGGUCGUAUUCUGGAUUCUCUGGAGGUGGGCGACGGAAAGAUCAGCACAAUAACAUCUGCUUUCCCCUGGAAUGGCUACCUGUGGCUGGGAUCCUUCAAGAAUAAUUAUCUAGCUAGAAUUCCUCUUGAGAAGGUUCUUCCUGAACUCGUGAAAACCGAGGAGAGGAAAAAGGUACCUGACGCGACGACGACUAGACCCACGACAACUUCGACUCAAAAGCCAGCCACAACUACUCCAAAACCGACUCAGGAGAAACCUGCUCAGCCGAAGAAAGUCCAGUCAGAAGCUAAACUGAAGGAACAGGAAAAGAAAAAUCAGAGGAAAAAUGAGAAAUUGAAAGAUGAAAUGUAAACCCUUUUCUAUUUUUGUUUUAUUACUCACUGAUGAUCCAAUCCAAGAAUGCGUGGUGAACGGUAAAAAGUUGAGACGAAUUCUUGAGGAAUUAUUUGUUUAUCUCGUGAAAUAAGAGGACGUAGACAGAGAAUUUAAUUUCCUGCGGAAAUGCUUCUCCAUGUUUACUUCGUAAUUUAAUGAGUCGUUGAACGCUAGCUCCAAGAGCUCAAGAUUUUCUAUGAUCAAAGACGCUGACGAAGCAAUGAGAGAUAACAUUACAGAGUUAUUACUUUGAAGACAUAAUUUUAAGAAUAUAAUUCAUCAAUUACUGUAGAAUUACCAAGUCGUAGUCUCUCCCUAUUUUUUCUCUUCAAGUAAAUCAGCUUUGUCUAGGUGUUCUAGAAUUAAUGUACAUUCCACAUGUAAUUUCAUGGAACGUGACUUCCAGUAAUGUUGAUAGGCACUUUGAACUAUUGAAAUUUAUCGUAAAAAAAAAAUUUGUUGAACACUGUGAUGUUAAUGAAUUAUUAUUAAGGGAUUUUCCAACUGUAAAUACUGUUGAAAAAUGCUGAUCCUCUUUUUCCAUUCCUUUUGCAAUGAAAAAAAUUUUCUAAUGGUGGAUAGUAGGAGUGUCUUGUAUCCUUAUGGACGUUGAAUAUUUCAAUAAAUAAAUCAAUGAAACGUAUAAAAAA